UUGUGUGGAACACAAUUCCGUGAAUUAACUUUCAUCUCUUUUUCAUUGCCGUCGUAGAAUUACAUUUUUAACCCCCUAGAACCAAUGGCUGUCUCCAGCUUUGCUAGGGUAAUUCCGUCAUUCGAAUGCCGUUCGGACCCCGAUUUCUCCGGCAGUCUUCCGAGCCCGAAAGCCGGCGUUCGAUUCUCCGGCAAGGCUAGCUCGGCAAGUCCCCCAUCUCUAGUACACGGCCUGUCUUCUCUGAUUUUCAGGUUUCCUCCGAACUUCGUGAGGCAACUAAGCAUUAAGGCUCGGAGGAACUGCAGCAACAUCGGCGUGGCUCAAGUUGUGGCGGCUUCGUGGUCUAACAACCACGCCGUUCCUGACUUCACUCCGGCGGCUAAUGCCGUCGAUUCCUCCGCCUUUGCUCCGUUGGUAGAAAAUGCGGCUUGUAAUGAUGAAAAUGUACAGAUUGAGGGUUUGACAGGUGUUAAUAAAUACGCUUCGUUUUUGAAUUCCGAUGGAAGCGUCGCUAUUCAUGCUGGUGAAAGGUUGGGACGCGGUAUUGUUACUGAUGCCAUAACUACCCCAGUGGUUAACACGUCUGCUUACUUCUUCAACAAAACUUCUGACCUUAUUGAUUUCAAGGAAAAAAGACGUGCAAGUUUUGAAUAUGGGCGCUAUGGUAACCCCACUACUGUUGUUCUAGAGGAGAAAAUAAGUGCACUUGAGGGCGCUGAAUCAACCUUGGUAAUGGCAUCUGGAAUGUGUGCCAGUACUGUAAUGCUGUUGGCCUUGGUUCCUGCUGGUGGCCAUAUUGUAACAACCACAGAUUGUUACAGGAAGACCCGUAUUUUUAUUGAGACGAUACUGCCUAAAAUGGGAAUUACGGCCACAGUCAUUGAUCCAGCGGAUAUUGGAGCUUUGGAGUUGGCACUAAAUCAGAAGAAAGUGAAUCUUUUCUUUACCGAGUCUCCAACAAAUCCAUUCCUGAGAUGUGUUGACAUUGAGCUGGUUUCAAAGCUUUGUCAUGAAAAAGGAGCCUUGGUUUGCAUAGAUGGGACGUUUGCGACUCCUCUUAACCAAAAGGCCCUUGCUCUAGGGGCUGACCUUGUUCUGCACUCUGCUACAAAAUUCCUUGGCGGGCACAAUGACGUUCUUGCAGGUUGCAUUAGUGGUCCUUUAGAAUUAGUUUCAGUAGUUCGAAACUUGCAUCAUAUUCUGGGUGGUGCUAUCAAUCCAAAUGCUGCAUAUCUUAUCAUCCGAGGCAUGAAGACGCUGCAUCUUCGUGUACAGCAACAAAACUCAACUGCAUUGAGGAUGGCCGAGAUUUUAGAGGCUCAUCCCAAGGUGAAACAUGUCUAUUAUCCAGGGUUGCCGAGUCAUCCAGAAUAUCAUAUUGCAAAGAAGCAAAUGACUGGCUUUGGUGGUGUGGUCAGUUUUGAGGUUGAUGGAGACCUCCUAACUACUGCAAAAUUUGUGGAUGCUCUGAGAAUUCCCUAUAUUGCUCCAUCAUUUGGAGGUUGUGAGAGCAUUGUGGACCAACCAGCAAUAAUGUCUUACUGGGAUCUUUCCCAGUCAGAUAGAGCUAAGUAUGGGAUCAUGGACAACUUGGUUCGGUUCAGCUUCGGAGUGGAAGACUUUGAAGAUCUGAAAGCUGAUGUUCUGCAGGCUUUGGAUUCCAUAUAGGCUAUUUCACCUGCAACAAUUUUCCUUUUCUUUUUUCCUUCUUUUUUGGCGGUUUCGUCAUUGAUUUGAACUUCUAUUAUUGUUGACUUUCUCACUUGACCAAUGGUUGGAAUGUAAUGAAAGGAUCGUCAAGUAGAUGAUCCAACCCAUUAGAUUAUCUGGAUAUUUUAAGGAAAAAUUUACUUGGUGAAUG